AUGUCUUCCGCCGUUGUGUCUAAGGGGAUCUCCGCCGUUCAGGAGGGAUUAUCCCAUAUCGGGCUUUCUGAGAAACAGCAGGUCCUCACCGUUACAAGCGAGGAUAAGAAAGAAUCUUCAUACCCUGAAUAUUUGCCGAUCUGGGAUAAGACCAUUCCUCAGCAACCUGCCUACACCAAAGUCCCAUACGACGACAGGGCAUUGUAUGCCGAUACUAGCUUACCAACCUUGUUACCAACCUUGAAGUUGGCCAGCAAAGAGAUUUCCUUAAAGGAAAUCUCUCCAAAAUUCGGUACCGUUGUUACUGGUGUGCAAUUGACUGAUUUGGUGGACAACCCAAAGGCAAAGGAUGAGUUAGCUUCGUUGAUCGCCCAGCGCGGGGUUUUGGUUUUCCACAACCAGGAAAAUUUCUUCAAGUUGGGUCCAGACAAGUUGAAAGAAUUCAUUUCUUACUACGGUGUUCCACACGAGCACCCAACCUCUGGGAACUUGAAGGGUCAUCCAGAGUUUCACAACAUCUACAAAAGUGGGACUUUCAACCCGGAAAGAUUAUAUGGGUUGACGUCACGUACCACCUCUACCGCUUGGCAUUCAGAUGUCACAUACGAGGAACAGCCACCUUCGUACUCUCUUAUUGCAAUGGUGAAUACUCCGCCCUCUGGCGGAGAUACUAUUUUCGCGGACACCAGGGAAGCCUACAACCGCUUAUCCGAUGGCUUCAAGGAACGCUUACACGGUUUAAAAGCUAGCCACUCCGCUCAUGAACAAGCCGCUUUUGCUUUAAAGGCCGGUGGUGUUGUCAGACGCGCCCCGGUAAUCAACUAUCAUCCGAUUGUUAGGCAGCACCCUGUGACUAAGAGGAAAUCGAUUUAUGUGAACCACCAGUUCACGCGUGAAAUAGAGGGGUACAAACGUGAGGAGAGCAGCGCGUUGCUCGACUUCUUGUACCUGCACGUUGGAACCUCCGUGGACUACCAGAUCAGGGUUAAUUGGAAGCAAUUCUCUGUUGUGUUUUGGGACAACAGAAUCGCCAUCCACUCAGCUAUCCUGGAUUUUGACCCUAAGGGGCACACUAGACAUGCCUUCAGGUUAAUGGUCAGAGGGGAAGUUCCAGUUGAAGGCGACCUUGACGAGGCUGAAUAA